AUGGUGGACUGGCUUAGCCUUGCCAUUCCCUUUGCCUAUCUAGGUGUUCUCAUCGGCUCGUUAGCGACCUUCUCUUCGCUCUACCGGAAAAGAAAGGCCGUCAAAGCUUCGUCUUUGAAGCCCUGGUUUCCGCCCCACGUACAGCGAGAUGUCUACUUCUCCCUGAUACACAUGAGCAGCCCCUCAGAAGGCAAUGAGAAAAAAAAGCCUCCUGUACCUGAAACUGUGCUGAAAGCCGCGCUGCUGCGCCGUGCCGCUGAGGAUAUCAAACGCUUAUUACAACUACGAGGUCAAAAACCGGCUCUUGCAGCACUUUUGCAAAAGGGCACUGUCGGCGACGAGCUGUGGCAGCAAUUUCUGAGGGCCGAGAAAGAAUUAGAAGAGGAGUUCAAAGAUGUCGUUUCUGAAGCCAACGCCUUCGUUCCUGGCUGGGGGCAAACGAUUUUCCAAUCCGCAAACGAAAUGGCCUUAAACACGAUGUUCCGACAAAGAGUCGAGGAUAUUCAAAUGACAGCGAAACAGGAACGUGAGUGGUGGGAUCGCAAAAAGGCGAGCAUACAGGAGGGCUUCAUGAAGGAAUUGGAACAGGAAGGACAGCCACGGCUAACUGCGCCAGCCACUGGGGAUAAAGAGAAAACACCGGCGGGGUCUACUACCGGAUCGGUGGCGGGCGACAAACUCAUCAGUGAUGACGACACGGUUUUGGUAGAAAGUGGUGGGCCUGCCGUGAAUGCCGGUGGUGCUAGUGGGACUGGUGGGAGCGGUGGUGGAAAAAAGAAGAAGAAAGGGAAGAAAUAG